AUUUAAACAGUAGGUGUCGCAAUCUUUUUUUUUUUUGAUACCAUCAUAUAACAAUCAAUUUAUACAGUUAAAAUGGUGCGAGAAAAGGGGAGAACGUUCUCUCUUUUUGCGCCAACAACAGGCCGGCACACUCCAUUAUUUGCCAUUGGCCAUUGCCAAGGAAGACACUUCCAUUCACUGAUGGAGCUCACAGCAACAGCCGUGCCUCUGGCCGUCGCGUUCGCGUCGGUGGUGACCUUCGUCCUCAUCGUGCUCGGCUCCGUUGUUCGGCUCCGCGGCCGUCGGAAGCCGCGGAACCUCCCGCCAGGGCCGAAGGGAUGGCCGGUGGUUGGCAGCCUCGGCUUGCUGGCAGGCGCUCUCCCGCCGCACCGCGCACUGGCCAAGCUCGCGGCGCGCCAUGGCGCGCUCAUGCAUCUUCGGCUUGGCUCCUUCGACACCGUGGUGGCUUCCUCGGCGGAGACGGCACGGCUGGUCCUCAAGACCCACGACCUCGCCUUCGCCGACCGCCCGCCCACGUCCUUCGGCGCCAUCCUCGCCUAUGGCCGCAAGGGCAUCCUGCAGACUCCCUACGGCCCCUACUGGCGCAUGGCUCGCAAGCUCUGCGCCACCGAGCUCUUCUCCCCGCGCCGCGUCGACUCGUUCGAGCACAUGCGCGCGCAGGAGAUGCGCGCGCUGGCUCGCGGCCUGUUCGAGCUCGCCGGCGCCGCCGUCGAGGUGAAGGAGCACCUCGUGAACUUCACCAUGCGGAACAUCCUUCGCAUGGCGGUCGGGAAGAAGUGGAUGGGCAUCUACGGCAGCGAGGAAGGCGAGGCGUUCCGGCGCACCCUGGACGAGGCGUUCGCGGUGACCGGCGCCGUGAACAACGUCGGCGAGUGGGUGCCGUGGCUGGGGCCGCUUGACGUGCAGGGCUUCACUCGUCGGAUGAAGAGGGUGCACGAGCAGCUCGACCGUUUCACGGAGCAGAUCCUCGACGAGCACGAGAAAGACCGGCGACGCCGAGCUCGAGACGGCGGCGGCGAGGUCGCAGCGACGACGACGACGACAGACCUGGUGGACGUGCUGCUGCAGCUAGUCGAGGAAGGCGGCGGGCAGGAGGAAGAGGAACCGGAGGCCCGGCUCACGCGCGACGGUGCCAAGGCCUUCAUCCUGGACAUCAUCGCCGGCGGCACGGACACCGCGGCGAUUACGAUGGAGUGGGCGUUGGCGGAGCUCCUCCGCCGGCCGGACGCCAUGGCGGCCACCACCGCGGAGCUUGACCGCGUGGUGGGCCGUGGUCGCUGGGCCACGGAGAGUGACCUGCCGGCGCUCCCCUACUUGCACGCCGUGCUGAAGGAGACGAUGCGGCUCCACCAUAUAGCGCCUCUCCUGGUCCCUCGUCGUGCCCGUGAGGACACGGUGGUCGGAGGCUACGACAUCCCCGCCGGAGCACGCGUGCUGGUGAACAUGUGGGCCGUGGCGCGCGACCCGGCGUCGUGGCCUGACGCUCCCGAAGGAUUUCGGCCGGAGCGAUUCCUCGCCGGCGGUGGCGCCGAGGACGUGGACGUGCGCGGAACGCACUUUGAGCUGCUGCCGUUCGGGGCCGGGCGACGGAUGUGUCCGGCGUACAACCUCGCGAUGAAGGAGAUGGCGGCGGCGCUGGCGAACCUGGUCCAUGGGUUCACGUGGCGGCUGCCGGACGGGGUGGCGCCGGAGGACGUGAGCAUGGAGGAGUUCUUUGGGCUGACGACGAGCAUGAAGGUGCCCCUCGUCGCCAUCGCUGAGCCCAGGCUGCCGGAGCACCUCUACACCGAUGUCGAUUAAUCGUCUGGCCGGGCUUGCGGUUUGGUGUGGUCAUAUUAUAUGCCACGUUAAAAACAUGCUGGGGCAAACACACAUACUCGAAGUAUAUAUUUUUUUUUUUGCAAUAAGGGACUUACUAAAAUUCAGGUGUCUGAAUUUUGGUUUUAUUUCAGAUGAUGGUUAUUACAUAUAUUUUAUAUCAAAAUUGCACCAUUUUAUUCA